CUUUCUACGUUUUCGAGCCGUAACAUCGAGCUGUCAAGGUAACCAUCUAAGAAGUUCUUCUCACGAGGGGAGUCGUGUUAUUCGAGUGUUACACCGGUAGUCCGCAUCGCGAUAAUGAUUUCGUCCUUCGUCCCAACCACCUCCACAUACCGUGGGUCAUCGAGAAAUCCACGGAUCGUAGAGACCUCGUCGGAUCUAGGUGAACGUGUACCAGUAACGACAAACCGUAUACUUCGUCUAUCCGGUGAGCUACCCCGCCCAACACACUUUAGAUCCCUCGCAAUAUAUACUAUACCUACGAAUUCGUAACUUACCUCCGCUCGCCGCACAGGGAGAAGCUUUUUUUUCCCAUAUUUCCACCGUUCUAUGUGUUUGACGCCUAGACGAGAAACGAUAGAAAAGGAUGAAGAAAGAGAGAGAACGCUUUGCUGGGGGUAUAUAAGUGAUACACUAGGUACGUUCUUUAGUCGGUCUACGGUACCUACUGACAACAUACAUUCAACAAUCGGACAACAUGUUCAAGUUGCUCAUUAUCUUCGCACUGGUGGCAUACGCCUCCGCCGGAUUGUACUCGGGAUACGGUGGAUACGGUGGAUACGGUUAUGGUGGAUACGGUUAUGGAGGAUACGGUUUGGGCCAUGGAAUCGCAGUUGCACCAGCUUAUUCGUCUGCUCUCGCUUACCAUGCCCCCGUCGCCACCAGCUAUGCAAACACGUACAAGGUCGCGUUGGCUCCUACGGUGACCAAAGUCGCGGUUGCGGCGCCUGCGGUGACCAAAGUCGCUUACGCGGCACCGACGAUCGCGAAAGUAGCUUACGCCGCACCCGCUAUAACUUAUGCAGCUCCAGCCGUGGCUCCAGCCAUCAGCUAUAGCCACGGAUAUGGUAUCCCACCUUCGGUCACCACUUAUGGCCAUUCUCUCGGUUAUGGUCUGGGAUACGGAUACGGACUCGGACACGGAUACGGAUACGGCCAUGGUAGUUACUAUCAUUGAAACCGGAACCCGAACGCAUCGAUGGUCCGUUCUAAUCGAUUCUUUCCAUUAACGAAAGAUGUAUAGCGAUUGUACAUAAUAUGUACGACGACUGAACCAAUCCACCUACCGUCACGUACGAUUAUCACCAACCUCCCCCAAAAAAGAAAAAUAUAUCAUGCAUGUAAUUAAUUUCCCUUAA